GGUGCGGAAAGCGCUGCGCCGCCAGCGCCAGCGCCACAGCGGGGACCCGUUAGAGCGGAAGCGCCGUACCCGCGGCCGUCUUCCCGUUCUCGGGGGGGUCCCUGGUUCUCGGCAGGUGGGAGGCGGGAGCCAUGUCGAAGCGGCUCCGGAGCAGCGAAGUGUGCGCUGACUGCAGCGGGCCAGAUCCUUCCUGGGCAUCAGUAAAUAGGGGAACUUUUAUAUGUGAUGAGUGCUGCAGUGUCCAUCGGAGUCUAGGACGCCAUAUCUCUCAAGUAAGGCAUCUCAAACACACACCAUGGCCUCCAACAUUGCUUCAGAUGGUUGAAACCUUGUAUAAUAAUGGUGCUAAUUCUAUAUGGGAGCAUUCUUUGCUGGACCCUGCCUCUAUUAUGAGUGGAAGACGUAAAGCCAACCCACAGGAUAAAGUACAUCCUAAUAAAGCAGAAUUCAUCAGAGCCAAGUAUCAGAUGUUAGCAUUUGUCCAUCGCUUGCCCUGCCGGGAUGAUGAUAGUGUAACUGCCAAAGAUCUCAGUAAGCAACUCCAUUCAAGCGUGAGAACAGGGAAUCUUGAAACCUGUUUGAGGCUGUUAUCUUUAGGAGCACAAGCCAACUUCUUUCACCCUGAAAAGGGGAACACCCCACUCCAUGUUGCCGCCAAAGCAGGGCAGAUUUUACAAGCAGAAUUAUUGGCAGUAUAUGGAGCAGACCCAGGUACACAAGAUUCUAGUGGGAAGACUCCUGUUGAUUAUGCAAGGCAAGGAGGGCACCAUGAGUUGGCAGAUCGCCUUGUAGAAAUACAGUAUGAGCUGACUGACAGACUAGCCUUCUAUCUCUGUGGCAGGAAACCAGAUCACAAAAAUGGACAGCACUUUAUAAUACCUCAAAUGGCAGACAGCAGCCUGGAUUUGUCUGAAUUGGCAAAAGCUGCUAAGAAGAAACUUCAAUCUCUAAGUAAUCACUUGUUUGAAGAACUUGCCAUGGAUGUGUACGAUGAAGUUGACAGGCGAGAAACUGAUGCAGUCUGGCUUGCCACGCAAAACCACAGCACCCUGGUAACGGAGACAACUGUCGUCCCCUUCCUUCCGGUUAAUCCUGAAUACUCAUCCACACGGAACCAGGGCAGACAGAAAUUAGCUCGAUUUAAUGCCCAUGAAUUUGCCACCCUGGUUAUUGAUAUUCUCAGUGAUGCCAAGAGGAGACAACAAGGCAGUCCUCUCUCUAGUUCAAAAGACAACGUGGAGCUCAUACUGAAAGCAAUCAAUAACCAGCACAGUGUUGAGUGCCAAGACAAUGACCAGCCUGACUAUGACAGUGUGGCCUCAGAUGAGGACACAGAUUUGGAAGCCAUUGCCCCCAAGGCAAACAGGCAGAAGAGCCUAGAUUCAGAUUUAUCAGAUGGACCAGUCACUGUACAGGAAUUUAUGGAGGUCAAAAACGCUCUAGUGGCUUCUGAGGCCAAGAUACAACAGCUAAUGAAGGUGAAUAACAACUUGAGUGACGAGCUGAGAAUUAUGCAGAAAAAGCUUCAAACACUCCAGAGUGAAAAUUCGAACCUCAGGAAACAGUCCACAACCAAUUUAUAUCAGGUGCAAACUGGUUCUGAGUACACAGAUACUUCCAACCACUCUUCCUUAAAGCGACGUCCAUCUGCCCGGGGCAGUAGGCCCAUGUCCAUGUACGAGACGGGAUCAGGUCAGAAACCAUAUCUCCCACUGGGAGAAGUGGACCACCCUGAAGAGAGCAGGACAAGACUCCAGCCUUUCCCUGCACACAUCGGGAGGAGUGCGCUUGUGACCUCCUCUUCAUCUCUGCCUUCCUUCCCCUCCACACUCUCCUGGUCCAGGGACGAAAGCGCCAGAAGGGCAUCCAGGCUGGAGAAGCAGAACAGCACACCUGAAAGUGACUAUGACAACACUCCCAAUGACAUGGACCCAGAUGAUAUGGGGUCAAGCAGGAAGGGGAGGCAGAGGAGCAUGGUGUGGCAAGGUGAUGGCUCAGUGCCAGAGACAGCAGAACCCCACACAGCCCCCAGCUCCACCCUCCCCAGCACUGAGGAUGUCAUCCGGAAAACUGAACAGAUCACCAAAAACAUACAGGAGCUCCUAAGAGCAGCCCAAGAAAAUAAACAUGACAGUUAUAUUCCCUGCUCAGAGAGGAUACAUGUAGCUGUUACAGAAAUGGCAGUAUUAUUCCCCAAAAAACCCAAGUCUGACAUGGUAAGGACAUCCCUUCGCUUACUGACAUCCAGUGCCUACCGACUCCAGUCAGAGUGCAAGAAGACCUUCCCCGGGGACUCGGGCCUGCCCACAGACAUCCAGCUGGUCACACAGCAGGUCAUCCAGUGUGCGUAUGACAUCGCCAAGGCCGCUAAACAGCUGGUCACCAUCACCACCAAAGAGAACAACAACUGAUGGCACGGUGCUGGCCCUUCUGUUUUCUAGGCUUUUUAAAGUCCAGUUUGAAAUUUAGACAUGAAACUCUUCCAGUUUUUACAGAAACAAACAUUUAAUGGAAGUUUAAAACUUUUUAAAAGAAAAUUCAGUAUUAUUUUUGCAUGUUUUCUAACAACUUUUCAACUAUUAAUUUAACCCACUUGCCUUAUUUUGUGCCUAUUUGCCAGUUUACUUUCUGACGUCUUGUUGUACUGUCAGUGACUGUUUAGUUCAUGAUCAUAGACAUCCAAAAGCAUAGCCUCAUUGUUUUAAGUUUGUUAGAAAGUUUCCGUCCCUUAAAACUUCCUGCCUAUGGUUAAAACUAUAAAUGAGAUCUUCAGUAAAACAAUUUAUUGAAAGAGCUGGAUUUUAAAAAUCUGUUCCCUACCAAGCUUUGUGCAAUAAGUGGCUAUUCCAGCCUCCUGCCCAACCUCUUAAGUCUGGGAUAUCUCCAAGCAUGUAUGUAGAGAAAGGGCUUUGCCAUUUUCUGAAAAUAGUGUAGCAGUCUCUCCUGGAAGGAAACAAUGAAUCGUUCCAUUUCUUUUAACUAUUCUAGCAUGUUCAGUGUUCUCUUGUUUAAUUUUUCUCUCUUGCUCUUCUGUCUCUACUUGACUCCCAUCUUGAGACUGCAUGGCAUCAGAUAAGCACUCAUCCUCCAGCUCAUGUCUCAUUUAGUCUUGUCCAGUUGGCUACACCAUCCACAUUACCAUGUACAGUCCAUUGCUCACCCAGGACACUGGACAUUUCAUUCCAAAAGAACAGCAGAGGAGCAUUAGUCCAGAAACCAUAACUAAUUCGUACCACCCAUUCAGAUAUCACUGCCAUAAAAUGAGAAGAGAGAUGACCAACUCCCUGACAAGGCCUUGUACCUCUCUUCCAAAAUCCAGUCAUGCCUUUGACCACCUAAAGCUUUCUCACAAGCUGCUUCACAUGUCUCAUCACCUGUAAGGCCUUCUUGUAAGUUUUAUGCCAAUCAUCCAUGUUCAUUUCCUUGCUGGUACUUAAAAAUUAGACAUCACCUUUCAAGAAUCCCUUAGAUAGAUUCUCUCUCUUUCACUAUCCCAAAGUUAAGAAUGAGCACAGAUUUAGUUCUGGAACAAUUGAGAUUGUUUUCUGUUUUUCUAAAAUGAUCUUUCUUGUCCUAAAUGCUAAUGCAUAUCCCUGUCCCUGCCAUCACAACAGUUUUUUGUGGAUGUGUCUCAGACCCUGACCUAGACCAGAGAUGCCAGGCAGUAGUGACGUAGAUGAGGUGAGCCAGGUGCAGACCUGGGGAUGGAGUACAAUGAAGGAGCCCAGGGCUCACCCAACACAGACAGUAGCUCCCCAGCUGUACUCAGGCUGCUCUGUGAGAAAGUAAGCUAGGGGUUGUCAGAGCUUUGAUUAUUUUUUCAAGAGACACCAGAAGUCUGGCUAUUUUUUGUACCAUUUCUCUGUAAAUGUUGGCGGCUAAUGUAAACAUAUUCAAAGCACAUGUGUGGCUGAAUUCUCUUCUCCAGACUGCUGGGUCACAGACUCCAUUCCAGGGUCCCAAAACCUGUGCAGUGUGAAGGCCUGGUUUGCCUGCUCCCUGGUUCAGCCACUGAGCCUUACCUGUAAUGUGGCUGCCCUACCCUAUGUUAAAGUUGCUGUUAGUUCUCAUUUUAGCCAUCUAUCCUGCCCCACAGUGCUAAUGCACAUGCCUGAAGAAGUCAGAGUAAUCAAGUUGCCUAAAUACAUGCUGAAUAAGCCUGUAUAUUCACAGAACUGUUUGGUUUACAAACACCUUUAUAGCUAGACCGUAUGCUGUCGUGAAAGGAGCACCACAGUGGUGUUUGGUUUACUAAGCUGAGGCGUGUGGAGGCUUUUGCCAGGUUUUGCUACACUGAGUAGUGUCAAAACUCAUCCACUUGCUCGUCUGCACAACCCUAAGUGCCACGUUCCUGUUGGAUGCUGAGAGGAUGCCCUCUGAAAGGAUGUCUUCUACCAUAAGUUCAAGCCCUGGUUGAUAACCUUGUCUGCAUGCUGCAUGUACUUAACUGACCCUCUUGGUUGCCAACACUGUCCUCGUCUUCAGCCUACUAGUGGCCCUCAGGAGAGACCCUGUGGCAGUCCCGAGUUGGUGCCCUUGACCUCGCUGGGAGCACAGACUUCUGAAUAGUGAGUCAUCUACCGUGUAUUCGCUGAACUGCGAUGGAGGAUGUUAUUUCUGUGCCCUAAAGAAAGCCAAGAAACAUGGGAACCAACAAAGUAUUUCUAUUUGUAGAAGUACUGCGGAAUCAUGCCACUGCUCUGUUACCCUGCAGUGCCAAAACUGGAAAUUAGUUCCAGGUGUAGUGGCACACAGUGACAGGAGGGCUCGAGCUGGCCUUCUCCUUAAGUGCCCCUGUAUUUCCUCAGCAUUGUCUGAGGCCUCGUGUCUGGAGGUUUGUUGGUCCUGUUGGCAAGUUGCACCUUGUUCUGCCCACCUUUUUGCACAUGGGUUCCAUAGCCUUGCACUAAUGUCUGCAUCUGUAAUGUCAUUUUUUACCCUUUAUUCUCAGACCUCCAUCCCCCAAAGCUGAUAGGGUGGAGGUGCACUUUACAUAACUGGCACUUGCUGAAGAGAAGGAAACAGCUCCAUCCCUAAGCUCCUUUGACUGAAGUCAUCUGUCUCAGAAUGCAAAUAGUUCUUAUUUGCCAAAGAACAAUGAGUUGGGCCCAAAGAUCAAAUGCAGAAUUUCAUAAAAUUGGAACUGUAGGUGCCCAACUCAGGAGCUGUUAGACUAUUCCUCAAGCAAUUAAAGUUGCAAAACCAAGAGAGAAGCUAGCAUGUGUUGGUGCUCAAACUGCAGCCAUGAGCUUCCCGGUAUUAUUUUAAUUUCUUUCCUUGUCCAAGUCAAAGAUCCCCCUUAUUUUUACAGAAGAAAAUGCUGCAUAGGAAAAUGAAAUGCCUUUUGUUCAAAUAUGUUUUAUCCAUGUCACCCCUAUUCUGUACCUAUUUUUCAUUUUUAUUGUACAUUCUACUCCUGUAAUUACUGUACAACCCUCUAAGUGUUGUAAAAUUGUUUUGGAAUAUGUGCCUGCUAGUUAUGCAAUAAACAGGCUCUAUAAGUGCCUUUGUGGUGAUUCUGUGCUUCCCAUCCAUU